AUGCGGCUCGGUCGAAAUUGGCGAAAUUCGGUCGCAUUCGGUCGCAUUUUCGAACCCUGCUCUGCUCCCACCCCUCCCACGCCACCGAAGCCACCGUCUCUGCGCGCUGCCUCGCGCCUCCGCCCGCACCCUCGGCGCGGUCUCCGUCUCUGCCCGCUCCUCGCCGCCGCGGCCACGGCCUCGGUCGCCGCUUACUCCCCCGCGGACGCGGAGCGGCGGAAGCACGAGCUGCUGCGCGCGGUGCAGGAGACGCGGCAGGGUUUCGUGGCGGGGUCCGACCAGCGCGCCGCCAUCGAGGAAGCCAUCGUGGGCGUGGAGGAGCUUGGCGCCGUGGAGGGGGCGCUGCUGGACCUUGCGGCGCUCGACAGCACCUGGAGGCUGUGCUACACGUCGGCGUCGGACGUGCUCGUGCUUUUCGAGGCAGCCGAGAGGCUCCCACUCCUUCAGGUGGGGCAAAUAUACCAGAAAUUCGAGUGCAAAGACCAGUCAGAUGGUGGGGUUGUGAGGAAUGUUGUACGGUGGAGCAUUGAGAACUUGCUGGAGGAGCAAGAAGGUGCAACACUGAUGGUCUCUGCAAAAUUUGUUGUCCUGUCUAAGCGCAACUGUCAUGGUCGGGCAAUAUUAUCAUCGUAGGAAGAAGCAAGGGUCUGCAGUCAACACAGAUGGAGCGUGAGAGCGAUCUGCAGGAGCCGUCCAGGAUUAGUCCUUUGGGUGGUUAGAAGUUUGUUUGGCUUAGAGUUGGUUUGCAAGUUGGUUAGGAGUUUGUUUAGAUUACAAUUGUGUCGGUUUGUAACAGGCAGGGCUAUAUAUGCCCAUUGGAUUUGCAUCCUUGAGAUCAAGCAAUACAAACAAUCUAGUUUCUCAUCUCCCUUCUCUAAACAUCUCCUCCCUGCUAAUCGACGUCUUACCUGCGUCAGCUUCCU